UCAAUCUAAUUGAAUCAUUUUUUAAUACAAAUUUCUAUCAAAUUUUUUAUCAUUUCAAUAUUUUUAAAAUCUUAAACUGUCCAAAUUUUAGAUCAAAAACAAAGAAUUAUACUGUUAAAAAGUUUUUACUAAAGUUAAAACAGGAAAGCUCAUUUCUUUAAUUAAAUAUACAAAAUGUCUGAAUUAGCAUAGAACGAGUAAGCAAGCGAUAUUCAAGAUUAAAGCAAUUCAACAAAGGUGGAAAAAGAAUCAAUUUAGCCGAAUUAAAAAAGAGAGGAGAAAGUAGAUGAAUAAUAAUAGUAAGAAGGAGAAGGAGAAGAGGAAGAAGAUGGUGAAGAUGAAGAAUAUGAAGACGAGGAAGAAGAAGAAUUCUAAAUUGCAGAUUUUUCAAAAGUAGAAAAAGCAGAAAAGUUAAUAAAACAUAUUAUGAAGGAUAAAGAACUUGAAUAUAGAUUUUUGCUGGAAAUAAAAUCUAAAAACUAUGACGAAGCAGAGUUUAUGGCUGCUAAAAUUCUUGCUAAAGACCCUAAUAAUGAAACUUUUCUCCUUUUUUGGGACAUGCUUAGAAAGUAUAAAUAAGAUUUUUAUCAGAUGGAUGAGGAAGAGUAAUAAGCUGAAGAGGAAGAAGAAGAAGUAGAGGAGGAGGAAGAAUGGGAUGAAGAAGAAGAAGUAGAUGAAUAUGACUAUAAUGAUGGGGAAGAAUAUGAAGAUGAAUAUGAAGUAGACGAUGAUGAAGAUGGCUGGAAAACAGAAGAUGAGUAUGACACAGAUGAGUUAGAAGAUGAAGAAGAAGAGGAAGAGGAAAAUAACGAUGAAGAAGAAGAUGAAGAAGAGGAAGAAGAAGAAGAAUAAGAAGGAAGUGAAUAUGAAGAAGAAGAAGAGUAAGAAAAUGAUGAAGAAAUAGAAAAAGAAUAAAAGGACUCAGUUACUAAUAUAAAUUUAGAAUCUUAAUAAUUAAAAAAACCUGUUAUUACUAAAAAGAAAGAGAGAAAUGCUAAAACAGAGCUAAUUUAACCAUUUGUUUAAAAGCAAGAGAUUUAAAGCUCAAGUUAAAAAUUAGAUUCUAAAAGCAUCUCAAAUACAUAGAAGUUAACUUUAAAGUAAUCAGAUGUUAAAUCAACAAAUAAAUAGUAAAUAGUACUUACAAAGGAAGUUAAACCUCCAUUAAAACCAAUAUCUGGUAAAUAGCCUGGAAUAAAAUCAUAAUCUAUUUCCUCUGCCUUUGAUAUAAAAUCAAAAACAACUCAAUUUAUACCUACAACAGCUACUUUUAAUAAUGUCAAAAGACCUCCUUCUUCAUCAUCUGUUUAGUCAUAAAAUAACAACAAUAGUAAUAGACCUCCUUCUUCUAGCUCUAUUAAAUCUGCAAAUAAUUAUAAUAUAAAUAAUAGACCACCUUCUUCAAGCUCAAUUUAAUCUGCUAAAGAAGUAACACAUAAAAGAAAUUCAUCAUAAUCAGCAAGAGAUAAAAAAAUUCCUUCCCUUAACUCUUUAGGUUCAGAUAUUUAGAAAUUACCUCCUAUAAAUAAUAAUAAUAAUCUCCCAACUUUAGGAGAAAUUAAAAAAAGUAUUUCAUCAAUAUCAUCUGCUUCUACAUAAAUAACUACACAGAAAAGACCCUCCUCAAGAGAUUACAGGGGUUCUAAAUCAAUUUCUACAACAAAUUAUAAAUGA